AUGGACUUGCCACAGAGCCUCACACGAGAUAUAUCGCCGCCACUGUCUUCGAAGCGAAGAAGAACGCUUGUUUCAGAGACUGCGCGUAAUAUUUCAGACUCGGAGACAGCUGCACCUGUAGACGAUACACCAGCUAUACCAAUAACUGUAUCUACGCUGGCAGCAAUUAAAGCCGGCAAGGUCAGAAUUGACGAUCAUCUUACCUUCUUCAGAAGCCAAUUAGCAGGAGCCUCUAGGGAUACACUACCCCAUAUUCCAAGAAUCUCCAUCUACAAUUUUGCCACUCUCUAUCAGUCCAACCUCCAGCCCCAUGGCCACCACUUUGUCGUUCAUCAACACAAUCACCCUGUCGCAGGUGUGCAUUAUGACUUGCGUCUUCAGUUCUCCAAGACGAGUUCUAUAUCCUUCGCUCUACCAAAAGGAAUGCCUGGUGAUCCGAAUUCGAAGAGCAUGGGUAGAUUGGCGAUAGAGACUAGGGUACACAACUAUUGGAACCAGUUGAUUGAGUGUGCGGGUAACAAGACUGGAAGCUUACUCAUAUGGGAUACCGGAACUUAUAGUAUUCUCCCUAGGAAAAAAAGGAAGGAUGGCAUGCCAAACCCUCAGACUACAGAUAACGAAGAAACCGAUAAUGACUCAGACAGCGAGGCAACGGCGAGAGAGCGCAAAUAUGCAGACGAAGGGGGUUACGAGAACUCAAAGUUAGUAGCAGCUUUUAAAAGUGGAUACAUCCGCCUACGUCUACACGGCACGCGACUACCAAAAGAUUACGCAGUCACAUUGCGCCUCACAUCGAGCAAGAUGACCAAACAAGUGGCAAUAAAACGAAAGAGUCGGAAGCCUUCUCAAGCUUGUGCUGAAGCACAAAUUCCUACUACCUCGGAUGACGAGGGAGGUGAUGCAAACACAUCUGUGCAGGCGGAUGCAGAAAAUCAGGACUUAGAUACCGACACAAAUGUGGAUGACCAAACACACGUCACCAACGCAUACCCUGGCUCCUCGAACGAUAUUGGAUCAAUACAUCAGCGACAUUGGUUUCUUCAACUUGAUCGGCAGAACAGUGGUUUUCGAUUGGAGUCAUCUGGUAACGAAGGAGGGACGUGGACAGGAGGCUUCAAGCCAUUCCUCGUCCGUGGUCGGGAUCACGAACGGAGCGUCGUGACGGGAAGACUAGCACGGGAGGUGGAGAGUGAUGAGGGACUGGAGGGCUUUGUAGGAAGGGGAGGAUGGACAGGAAUCGAAUAUUGA